AUGUUACGAAUGAACUGUUGUUGCUACCAAUGUGCUCCAUUGGUUGAUCAAGCUCUUCAAUACAAGAAUUUACUCUAUUACGGAUCUAGUACUAAAUUCUCUCCCGAGUUUGAUAAAAUGUAUCGGAAUAACAAAUUGAAAUCUAAUCGUCGUCGUCAUAAUGAUGAUGAAGGUGGUGAAGCCUCUUCCAUGAUGGAUCCCUCUCAUGUCUUUGAAAUUUAUGUCCCCAUGAUGGAUGAAAAUGUUUUUGGAGGAUUACCUUCACUGUUUGAUAAAGAGACUUAUCCUUUGAAUUAUUUGGGAAAUCCAAAAUCAGCGGAACAGAAUGAAGAUUAUCCACCAGCAGAAGGAGCGGAAGAUCAACUCAAGUUUGUUUUCAAUUCGGAGGCUUAUAUGAAUUCUCAAAUCAUACAGGGAGAUGCUGCUGCCACAUCAAGCCGGAUUCAUGAAUUGAGUGAGGAAGAUCAAAAAGAAUUAUUGAGACAAAUUGUAUAUGAAAAUAUUGAACAACAUGAGUGGAGAUAUUGUAUUUCGAAUAUUAAUGCAGGAAUAAGCCAUUCAUUUCCUUGUCCUGGAAAGAUUGGUACAGCCAUUGUGUUGUCUCCGUUCACAUGUGGUCUAAGUUUGCUUCCUAUUUAUUUAUUUCAGGAGGUGUAUGUGAUGGAGGCGACGAGGAGGAUUGACACUUACUUGGGAAAGGUGAAUAAGAAACUGUACGAUAGAGCCAUUGAAAAAACGCUCGCCUAUUAUUUGCAAUUUCAAGUUAUUAGAAAGGAGCAUUUGGGAAUCAGUUGGGUCCAAGUGAAUGCUAUUUCCACCAAAAAGACGCCCUCAAUGACGAACAGCCGAUUUGUGACGAAUAAUACGAAUGAAAUUGACACUGAUCUUCACAUUUCAAGAACUAGACGAUUCGAUGAGGAAGAAGAUUAUUUGAGUGACGAGGACUUGCACGAUGUAGAGCUACACAAAUAG